AAACAAUCGAACAUAUCUCUCAAUUAAUCUUCAAACAAGAAAGAUUUUGCUCUCUUCACAGCUCGACCGGUGAAGAGAUGCUGUUUGGUUUGACUAGAUGUUCUUCAAGCCUUUGGAUUUAACCACCGCACUUCGACCUGCACUUUUGCCCGAUGAAACCUUAUUAUUUGUCCAGGAUGCGGUGGGGUUGUACGAAGGGAAAUACAAAAUUCCCAACUACCAGAAUGGACAUGCAUACUUGACCUCGCACCGGGUGUGCUAUGUCGCGCUCGAGGAGCCACGGAAGUACUCUGUUGCCAUCGAUCUGAAAGAGGUUGAUAGGGCGGAGUAUCAGGCAGGCUUCCUGAAAUCGUCACCGAAGAUCACAUUGUAUCCCAAGCCGCCAAAGAGCUCCCUCAGCAAAUCGAAGAGCGCUGGCGCGAGCCCAUCUCGGGGGCAGUCACCGGGCCUUCUGGCCCCUGGACCUCAGAUUCAGCCUGUCACUCCCAAGGCCAUCAAUGCGACUUGGGUUUGUCCGAUUUGCUCGUUUUCUAAUCCCGUGCCUUCGAGCUUCGACCCCUCUACAGCCACAGCGUCGACACCAAUCCCACCUUGUUUAGCUUGUGGCAUUAAACCGCCCUUAGCUACAAUUCUAAAAGCCGUGAUCACUGCCACAGCCAGCCGAGAUGGUCCUCUAACCCAAACUAAUCCGACUUUGUCCGGGCUUGGAGACGCAGCUCCAGUCAACGGCUCUCGGAGCUUAUCGUCCCCGGACAACGCUCAGGUGUCAUGUCCACGUUGCACAUUUGUGAAUCACCCGUCUCUCGCCGAAUGUGAGAUCUGUGGUGCUUCCCUGGCAGCGGCGGUGGGUGCUUUCAAGUCUACCGAGAUGGAUUCGUAUCGCGCAGAAUCGCCAGCACCCGUUUUCAGCCAUAAUAGCAUUAAGAGCACGGAGAUUACUGACUGUAUGAAAUUGUCUUUCCGGGCGGGUGGUAUACAGAUCUUUCAUGAGAGAUUGAAAGGCGCUUUGAUCCAGAGAAAAUGGUUGCUUUAUGAUGCCCCACCCGUGCCGCAGCAGCCGUCGCAAUCGAACGCGAUCGCUUCUCCGGGCUUAACAGUGGCUUCACCUGCGGAAGGGAGUGUGCCAUCACCAUCCCGGUCUCCUGGAGUGGGCAUUGCAGGCCUCGAACAGCGAGGUCUCCAGGCCCGCAAGAACAAUGAAUUUGUCAUUGGAAAUGCGUUUGAGGACUUAGAGGCACUGAUGGCAUCUGCCAAGCAGGUUAUGGCGCUUGCUGCGUCUAUGCGACAGACGGGCAUGACCAAUGGCGAUCUCUCAGGGGAAGCGAAUGCAGUCCUUCUAGAGUCUGCAGAAACGAUGGGGAUGGUGACGACCAAGGAUAUGCUUGGUAGUGGCGCUGGGAGCUUGUACAUCUCAGAACUCUCCCGGAAUCUGGCCGAGUAUUUGACCGACGACCGCAAGGGCUUGCUCAACAAAGAAGGCGGCAUCAUAAGCCUUAUUGACCUCUGGGCGAUAUUCAACCGGUCUCGGAACGGCGUUGAGCUCGUCAGCCCCUCCGAUUUCCAAAAGGCAGCGGAGCUAUGGGAGACACUUAGACUGCCGGUGCGCCUACGCCAAUUCAAAAGUGGCUUGCUUGUUGUUCAGAGGUGGGACUGGAGUGACGAGGAGACACUCCGAAAGAUACAGACCUGGAUGACAGAGCUCCGACAGGUGCUUCCAACGGAACCAGUUGCCUGGGACUGGCGUAUGUUUGGACGUGCCGUCACAGCCCAGGAGGCAGCACAGCGAUUCGGAUGGAGUGUCGGUGUUGCAGCGGAGGAGUUAGAAAUGGCCGAGGACAAGGGAGUCCUCUGCCGGGAGGAGGGCAUUGAAGGAUUACGAUUCUGGGCCAACUUUCUGUCUGACACCUCCAUUGUCGGUGAUUUGGGGCUGUCAGGGAUAGUUCUAGACGAUGUCAAUAGGUGUAUCUAAGCAGUAAUAUUAUAGAGAACAUUGGCGUUGACAGAUAGCAGACAUGUGUGUGUCCGUGGAAAUUGGGACAAAGGGAC